AUAUAUAUAUAUAUGUAUACACACACCGUUUGUCACUGAAAUUAGGGCUUGGUUUCUAUGGAAGUCUCUACAAGAACAACUUCGCACUGAUUGCUCAUAAGAGUGCCCAUCGUCGUUCGUGUGCUCGUCGUUCUGUAUCACUGCUGUUCCCGUGCCUCGACUGUAAGCUUCGUUCCGAGCUCGCAGUCAGACGUUCAUCCUUGCCCAUCGUUAUUGUCCGUCGCCGCAACUUGUCAUCCUUGUCGUCAUCCUUCUUGCUUACAUCCUUCCACCACCGGAUUAAUUUGACACUGGUUAGUUCCAUCAUCGCCCGUAGGUUCUUCAUUGCUCCGGCGAUGAGGACUAUGAAGAUGAGAGUGCACUGUUCUGUUUCUUCACUGAACUGAUGAAUAAAAAUUGGGGCUUUUCAUUGGGUCUUUGUUAUUUGUCGCUCAGUACAUGGAACCUGGCCAAUUUCAAGUUCUCUCUCUGUAUUUUCUAUAUAUCUUUUUGUACAUACUUAAUUUCAGCGAACCAAUCUCACACACGACAAGCUUUAAGUGUUGACAACACCAAGUUUAUAUCGGUGAGCUCUAAGCAAGACGAACCAACUGCUAGCUCCAUUGAUUCUCACGGUGAUUGCUUGUGUUGUUUGUUACCCAAACCCAUUUCAUACCCCUCUUUGCAACUUCACACACGACGGCGAGGUGGUUCAUGGCGACGACAGGUUCAUAACGCGUCCCGUGGGUUGAACACGCCAAAAUCGUGACGCCGGUGAUGGCGGUGAUUCGUUCUUGGCCGUCUGGUUGUCUUCAACUCCGACGACAGUGGCGUUGGAUUUUGAGCUAGGGUUUGAUUAUGGAGAUGAAUUGAUUGCGCUAUAUUUAGGGCAAGACGACCAAAAACAAAUUGUUACGAAGAGGUAGAAGAUGGAGAGAGAAGUAGUUGAGGAGAGAGAAAGGGGUUUUCGCGUAAGAGGCAGAAAUGGAGAGAAAAGUAGUUGGGGAGGCCAUUGGAGUCGCCAGAGUAGAGCAACGUUUGUGAGGUGGGAUUUGGGUGAUGGAUGAGCAGAAUUGAUGGGUGGAGUUGAUAAGGGACCUGUGUGGGAUUGGUGGAUUUGUGGAGGGGUGAAUCGGGCAUGGUGAUGGUAUAAGGAGGAGGUAGAAAAGGAGAGGAUAAGAGAGGAGAGAGAAAAUGCCACGCAAUAUGAAAAAGCAGUGAUUGUGCUGGAAGUUUGGUCACAAAAAUAGUUAACAAGAUGUCGAAUGGUAAUAUAGUCAUUUAACACCUUAAAAUUAUUUUGAUCAUGACAUUUGGGAGAGAAGUGAAAUGAUAAAUCACUAAUUUAACAUAAAACCAAAAUAUUAAUCUGGAUAAAAUAUGAACUUAUAAAAGUAAUACUAUUGCUUAGGUGUCAACCGAUUAGUAGUAGUCGGGCUUUCGUCCCCGCUCCUCUCUCUCUCUAAACACACACUGAAGCGUCAAUUCCCCUCUCUCUAGAAAAACUAUUUCCUGGCCGUCGUUGGUUUCUUGAUCGAAUAGCCGUAAGUUUCCAUUGAUGGUUUUCUCAGUAUCCCAUUUUCAACUUCUGAAUCGGAAAUGCAGCUUCCAAUCUUCUUCUUCUAGGGUUUCUGAAGCCAAAUUCCAUCACCUCAGCCUCCGAUUCACUUCAACAGUUUUGUUCAAUGUCGGGACCAGCGCGAAUCAAGUCGACAAACCCUGCAGAUUCGGAGUCACGGCCGGUCCUGGUGCCAGCCGGGAACAAAGCCAGAACGAUCGAAACGCGCAAGUCGGUGUUGAAACCUCAGAAGAAAGUAGAGAAACCGCAAGCAAUUGAUGAAGCCAAGGCAAGAAAAGCUACUUCUUCACCAGCACCGUCACCGUCACCGUCACCGUCACCGCGGCAAUGUAUUAAUGUACCGUCGUUUUUGAAGCAGCAGGACCACAAACUUCUGAAGUCGAAUUCGUCGCUCAGUGCUUCGUGUUCGUCGGAAGCGUCAUCUGAUUCGUCGCACAGUGGUUCUUCCUCGACUGGGAGGAUAAGCCGACGGAGUGUGCCACCUAUUCUGAGAAAGCAACGCCCUUCAAACACCAAAAAGAUUGUUACUGAUACUAACAUUGUCUCGGCAGCUGCUUCGCUGGUCAAGAAAAGGUGCGCUUGGGUGACUUCGAAUGCUGAUCUGUGUUAUGCUGAUUUUCAUGACAAAGAAUGGGGAACUCCCGUUCAUGAUGACAAGAAACUGUUUGAAUUGCUCAUCUUAUCCACUGCCUUGGCUGAACUUACAUGGCCUGCCAUUCUCAACAAAAGGCAUAUGUUUAGGGAAGUCUUUCUAGAUUAUGAUCCAAUUGCUGUCUCAAAAUUAAAUGAGAAGAAGAUAGCGACACCAGGAAGCCCUUCCAGCUCUCUACUAUCAGAGCUAAAGCUGCGGGCCAUCAUUGAAAAUGCACGCCAAAUGUGUAAGAUAAUAGAUGAGUUCGGGUCUUUUGACAAGUAUAUUUGGGGCUUCGUAAACCAUAAGCCUAUAGUCAGUCAAUUCCGGCAUCCCCACCAGGUUCCAAUUAAGACAUCAAAAGCAGAUGCGAUAAGUAAAGACCUUGUGAGAAGAGGGUUCCGAGGCGUUGGACCUACAGUCAUCCACUCGUUCAUGCAGGUGGCUGGAAUAACAAUUGACCAUCUCAUUAGUUGCUUUAGGUUCCAGGAGUGUGUGGCUGCAGCAGACGCAAGGUAUAUAAAGAAGGCACCCAAGGCUAAGGUUGAAGAGAAACAACCCGAGGCUACAAGUGACUUGGAACUUGCAAGCGUAAAUUAUUUGGGUUUAUCCAAGGAGUAACUAAUAAGGACAUAAUUGAUGGGCUGUAAUUGACACCUUGAAAGGGUGGUCAGUCAUUCCGUGUUCAUGAGAAGGUAGUUUGUGUACAAAUGACUGAAUUAAUUUGUAGUAUUGUUUUGUAAAUAAAGAAAAAUAGGUACAUAAGUAUUGUUUCUAAGUCUUUGA